UCUUCUCACAACUCCUUGGCAACCAUGGCUUCGGUCAAGAGACAAACGAUCCGUCUCUUCAGCUGGAUGCUACUCUGCUGUCUCAUCUGUUCUGAACCACACCUUAGCUACGGUCUACUUGAGUUUCCUUGGUGUCCACCCGAGGAGUAUGCUUGCUCCUGCAGCCUCAGGGAAGAUGCCGCGGUUGAGGGUGAAAGUGGAACUGGAACCGAAAUCCCAAUGUUGAUAUCUUGCGACAGCACCAACAUCCAAGACAUCAUAGGUAACAUCCCGAACCGUUUAGCCUCUGACUUGGAGAUUCAUGUGAGACCAGGAUCUGGAGACCGAGUCCUUCCGUCUUUGGGUUUCUUCAAUUUCUCGAUGCUACGACACCUCGAUUUGUCCAGGAAUUCCCUAGAAUAUAUUGAAGCAGGUGCUUUUCAUAACGCAAUGGAGCUGACACGACUCAACCUAAGCCACAAUUUCCUGUAUGGUUUGACCUAUGAUACGUUCAGUGGAGUUCUGAUCAUUUCUAAUUCCUCGGUCCAGUACGGACUGCCUAAACUCAAAGAACUUAUGCUCGACAACAAUGACAUUGCUUUUAUCCACGAUGAUGUGUUUGCUUCGUUAGCGGCUCUCCGCUUCCUUGAUCUGUCAGGAAAUCGCAUCUCGGAGAUAAGUAAUUUCACCUUUUCUGGUUUACAUAACCUAACCGUCCUACAUCUCGCGGGAAAUUUUAUCCAGAACAUCAAUUCUAGCAUGUGGGAACCACUUUACCAACUGCGAGAGAUGAAUCUAUCUGACAAUCAGAUUACCGAAGUUGUGCCUGAUUCAUUCAAGAACAUGUUGCAUCUCCAGACCCUGCGGUUGGACAAAAACCGCAUAGAGGAUAUACUAGAACCUGGUCUCGAAACCCCAUCCGUGAACAAUUUGAACCUGUCACACAACUCCAUCUCUCAUGUAUCAUUCAACUUCAUUCACGAAAAAUCACAAAACCUGACCUGGAUUAAUCUUAACAACAACCUCAUCACGAGUAUAAGCCAUGGAAGCUGGUCAAGUGUCCUUCUCCAAGAGCUGUAUUUGAAUGACAACGACCUAGGCAACAUCGCAAAUGGAUUCUUGUGGGACAUAUCGGACUUGAUACACCUAGAAAUGAAGAACAAUCGUAUCCAUUCUGUUAAUCAGUAUAUGCUUGGUGAUCUCCCUAACCUGAUGGUUCUGAAUCUUGACAACAAUGAGAUUUCCUAUCUACCGGACGAUAUCUUUGAGGUUGAUUACGAUCCACGGCAACGUGGUCAAUCAAAGCCACCGUCUAAUCUAAGGAAAUUCUACAUUAAUAACAACCGUCUAAGAUAUCCUUGCACUGGUGUGAUUGAACAAAUGCCUGGCAUGCAUGUGUACUCCAUGAAUCAGAAUACGAUCCUCAUGCUCCGCUCGUUUGACCUACCAGACCAUCAAGCCUUGGCCGACAUUGAUCUGUCGAUAAAUCAAAUCUACGCAAUUACAUCUGAUGCGUUCGCCAAUCUCCCAGCUCUCAGUAGAGUUGAUUUGAAAGGCAACCGACUGCAAACUCUGUCUCGCGAUGUCUUUGAAACCUUACCGACAUUCCUAUUCCUGGGUAGCAACCCGCUGGUGUGCGAUUGUAACCUGGCUUGGCUUCAAGAAUCAGCUAUUGAUAAUGAAGACGACGUCCGAUGUGCCGCCCCUAAGGCUCUUGAAUCCAUGGCAGUAUCCUCUCUGGUGAUGUCCGAUUUCCAUUGCUCUAUCGAAGCAAACAUGAACUCGUCCAACGAAUUUGCAGGUGUUCAUGGACAAGGUGUCCUCCUAGAAUGUCCCGUCAUGUCUGCGAGUAAGGCAAAUGUCCAAUGGUUUAUUGCUGCCUUCAACCACACCUCACGGUCAAUGGUCCUCGAAGACGUCACACAGACAGGCGACGUUUCAACCGGGUUCACAAACUAUCCCAACGGUUCCCUCUACAUCCACACGGUCUGGCAUGAACAAAACACCAACUACACUUGCCGCGCAACCAACAACGUCGACGAAAGAGACUUCCUAAUCUUAUUGCGUGUUGAAGGCUCCAAUGGGACUGGUUUUCCAGGUGGAAAGGACGGUAAGGACGGUGACGACGAUUACAGAUUCUGGAAGACCGACAUCAUGAAAUAUGCAAUAGGUGGGGCAGCAGGAGCUGUUUUUCUGAUCGGCCUCAUGAGCAUCCUCCUGGCAUUCUCCCUGUCAACCAAACGACUUCAGAAGAUGACGCCUCGAGAUUCGUGUAGACCAACUGGACCAACGUCUCACAGGACUGAAGGCUACAUUGUCGUGAACCUUGUCAAAAGUCGUAACCUUCACGAGAACGAAAUUUAA